AUGGUGAAGAUGGUGAAGAUGGUGAAGAUGGUGAAGAUGGUGAAGAUGGUGAAGAUGGUUGAAGAUGGUGAAGAUGGUGAUGAUGGUGAUGAUGGUGAUGAUGGUGAUGACGGUGAUGAUGAUAAUGAUGAUAAUGGGUUGCUAGGUACCUGUAUCUCUGGAGCACAGGCCGAUGUCGAAGUGCCAAGGCGCCAUUUCAAAGUCAAUACAACACAACGAUUGUACCUAGAUACUCGUAGAUAG